AUGGAGAACGGCACCUCAGCCACCACGGCAGAUGCCUCCAUCCAAGGCAAACUCAUCUGGUCGCCUGCCGACCCUGCGUCAACCUCGAUGGAAAGCUUCCGCAGAUCCGUCAACGAUCGCUUCUCCCUCUCCCUCUCCUCGUACGAUGAAUUGUGGAAAUGGUCUUGCACUAACCUCAACGACUUUUGGACCACCGUGUGGGACUCGACCCACGUCGUUUCUUCCACUGCCGCUCCCAUAGCGAUCCAGGACGAUGCACCGAUUUACCCUCCUCCGCAGUGGUUCCCUGGUGCGCGGCUCAACUUUGCCGAGAACCUUCUUCGCCACGGUGUUCCUUCCUCUCCCCUAGCCGACAAGGUCGCUGUGAUACAGUCUACUGAAGUGGAUACAACUACGGGAGAGCUGGAGGAAUACAGCGUCACCCACGGGGAGCUGUAUCGCAUGACAGCCAAGGUGGCUGCUGCUAUGCGCGCGAGAGGUGUAAAGCCAAACGAUUGCGUUGCGAGCUACUCGGCCAACAACACGGAGAACCUGGUCGCUUUCUUGGCAGCGUCGUCGAUCGGAGCAGUGUGGACCAGUGCAGCAGCUGAUUUUGGGCCGGAAGGUGUGCUGGAGAGGUUGCGAACGGUGAGACCCAAGAUCUUGGUCAGUGUGAAUGCGGUCAGGUACAAUGGUAAAGUUCACGAUCACCUGUCUAAACUGCAGAGUGUCGUGGAUGGGUUGGAGGAGGGGCGGAAGGAGGACGAGCAGAGGUUGGAAGGUGUGAUCGUUGUGCCGUAUGUCAAAGGUCACAAGGUGCCGGAGGAUCGGGAAGGGUGGGUAUCGUGGAACAACUUCCUCAGCGAAGGAGUCGACGCUGGCGAGAAGUCGAUCCCCUUUGAACAGUUGGAUUUCAACCAUCCUCUGUGGAUCCUCUUCUCGUCGGGAACUACCGGCAAACCAAAAGCCAUCACCCAUCGCUCCGGUGGGAUGCUUUUGCAACUAUCAAAGGAGCACUUCAUCCACGGGGGUCUGACUCCGACAGACGUAUUCUUCCAACACACCACCACCGGAUGGAUGAUGUGGAACUUUCUCGUCGCAGGACUCGUCACCGGCUGCACCAUCGUCUUGUACGAUGGAAGCCCGCUCAAACCCACCUCCGUGCUAUGGGAUCUCGCAGAGAAGCACGGUGUCACCACCUUUGGCACUUCGGCCGCCUAUCUUGGUGCACUGGAAAAGACAGGCUACGACGUGAAGACCUCUCAUCCCAACCUCAAGGUCCAGCAGAUCCUGAGCACUGGUUCACCACUGCGUGCCGAGCUCUACCCAUUCAUCAUGGAGAAGAUCGGUUCGGUGCUCAUUGGAUCUAUCACCGGAGGAACCGACCUCUGCUCGCUGUUCGCAGGUCACAACACCUCGCUCCCCGUCUACGCCGGUGAAAUCCAAUCUAGAAACCUCGGCAUGAACAUCUCGGUCUACGAUCCCGACAGCCAACGCGAGAUCACCACGUCGAACACGGUUGGCGAUCUGAUCUGCAAAUCUCCUUUCCCCGCUCAGCCGUUGGGAUUCUGGAAGCAACCCGAAACCAAGUACUUUGAAUCGUACUAUUCGCAAGUUUCUGGAAUGUGGUACCACGGAGACUUCGUCUGCAUCAGCCCGCACGGCGGAGUGGUGAUGCUAGGACGAUCCGACGGAAUCCUCAACCCUGGCGGCAUCCGAUUCGGCUCGAGCGAAAUCUACGAACUCCUCGAAUCGCCCGAAAACCCGCUCUCCACCACCAUCAUCGAUUCGCUCGUCGUCGCCCUCAAAACCCCUUCUGGCGACGACGAAGUGGUCUGCCUGUUCAUCGUCCCAUCCCCCACCGCCCGAAUCGAUUUCGACGCAGUGCAGAAAACCCUCUCGUCACUCAUCCGUACAAAACGAAGCGCAAGACACGUUCCCAAAUUCAUCCGCAUCGUCUCGGACAUACCCAAAACCCUCAACGGCAAGAAAGUCGAAGUCCCCGUAAAGAAGAUCAUCAACGGAGCCGAUCUGAACGCCAUCAAUAGAGCCACGCUCAUCAACCCAGAAAGUCUGGAUCAGUUUGUCCAACUGGGUCAGGAACUACGUACCCAACUCACGUGUUAG